AUGACACCACAAAACCUCCUGGUCCUUCCUCUUUCAACCCCUAAAUUAAGCAUCGGAUGCCCAAUACUAGAUGGCUGCUUGGGUGGCGGCAUACCCUGCAACUCCAUAACAGAAUUGGUGGGGGAGAGCAGUUCUGGAAAGACCCAAGUUUGUCUCCAACUAGCAGUAAGAGCUCAGCUCCCACCCUCACAUGGCGGACUAGGAGGGUCCUCCCUCUACAUACACACAGAAUUCAGCUUCCCACUUCGUCGACUGCAGCAACUAGCCAACCAUUAUCAGGCAUCACACGCCAACUUGAUAGGGUUGAACCCAUUGGAAGACAUAUAUGUUCAUGCCGUUCAUGAUGCACAACAAAUGGUCCAUGUGCUUCGAGACAUAGAAACAUUUGUGGGCAUUGGUCACACCCGGUUACCUGUAAAGCUCAUUGUCAUUGAUUCCAUUGCUGCACUGUUCGGGUCACAAUAUGACAGAACACCUGCUGAUUUGAAACGCCGGUCUGAAAUGUUUUUCAAGAUUUCUGGGAAAUUGAAGGCUUUGGCAAAUAAGUUUGGGGUGGCAGUGGUUCUGACCAACCAGGUGGUGGAUGUCAUUGGGCCAGCUGAUGGAAUAGAUGGGGUGAGAUUGGGAAACUUGGAGUGCUUGCAUACAUCAGCCAGACGGGUUAGUCCAGCAUUGGGAUUGGCUUGGGCACAUUGCGUCAAUUCAAGGGUGUUCUUGUCAAGGCAUGAGGAAUCUGUUGGGGUUAACAGUCCUUAUGCACAUUCAACAAGUAUAUCCAGUCAAACACAAAGGAGACUUAAUGUUGUUUUUUCCCCACAUUUGGCCCCUGCAUCAUCUCAAUUUGUAAUCACAAAAGAAGGUGUAGUUGGAGUAUCGACGGUAAUUGGCUAA